CCAAUGUUGUUCCACCUCACGCGCACUGUGGGAGAAAAACACGCUUCGAACUCGUGAAGAUCGUCACCAUGGCGACAGCGAUUUAUCUCGAACAUUAUCUCGAUAGCAUUGAAAACCUUCCCUGUGAGCUCCAGAGAAACUUCACACUCAUGAGGGAACUUGACAACAGAGCCGAGGAAAAGAAAUGUGAAAUCGAUAAGCUCGCAGAAGAAUACAUUAAAAACGUCCGGAAUCUGGCUCCGGAUCAGAGAGUGGAGCACCUGCAGAAGAUCCAGAACGGAUUCAGCAAAUGCAAAGAAUACAGCGACGACAAAGUGCAGCUCGCCAUGCAGACGUAUGAAAUGGUGGACAAACACAUCCGAAGGCUCGAUGCAGAUCUCGCUCGCUUUGAGAAUGAGCUGAAGGAAAAGUUGGACGUCAGCGGCUACGAAAGUCCAGACAGCAGAACGGCCAAGAAGGCACGCGCUCGAGGAGGCCUGAAGGAAAAACGACGGACGAAAGGAAGAGCACGCAAAUCUUCCGACGACGACUCGCCGCGGAAAAAGAAAACGAAGAACAGACCUGAGUUCUCUGAGUCCAUCCUUCCAGUUCAUCCGUCAGACGUCUUAGACAUGCCUGUUGACCCCAAUGAACCCACGUACUGUCUGUGCCACCAAGUGUCUUACGGAGAAAUGAUCGGAUGUGACAAUACAGAUUGUCCCAUUGAGUGGUUUCACUUCGCCUGCGUCGAUCUAACAACGAAACCCAAAGGGAAAUGGUUCUGUCCCCGAUGCACCCAGGAUCGGAAGAAGAAAUGAGAUGCACAUUUGUAGCGUUGAGAGACUACAUUUCUAUAUACAUGAGCAUAUAUAUAUGUAUUUUGAUUAGGUAGUAAAAUAGAAUAAUAUAUACUCCUUAAUAUGGCCGUGAUGAAAUAUAUAUACGAGGGUCACGAGGAAACAAAGUGUUUAUUUUUUCAAAGUACUUGAAAUGUUUCCAUUUGUAUGAGUUUCUUCUGUGUCAUCAAAUUGUCGUUUUCAGACAAUAUAGGAUUUGUUAUAUAUGAGAUAUAUAUUUUAUUUUGUUCUCCUUAAUUACUGAUUAGUAUGUAUUUUCAUUUUGUAUGAAGCUUCAAGCAACUAUCGUGUCAUUGUGCUUUGCUCAUGAAAUGUUUUGCGAACUUUUAAGAUGCUGAAUUUCGGCAGCUGCUCUUGCACUUAAAAUAUAACGCGACUACUUUUUUCGCCAAUUAUCGAUUUGCUUGAACUUGCUCUUUGUUGCAUUAGGAAGAAUAUUUGGCAGAACUCAAGGCGAUUAACUACUGUGGAAGCUUGUUUCUGCCUCAGAAUUAAAAAAGGUAAACUAA